ACAAAAACUGGUUUCAAUUUAGCGUUUGUUUAUUAUACCUUGCUGGUCAUUUUCUUCCAACUUUCCAAGCGAAGGGACAAAGGGAAGGAAGAUCAAAAGGAAUCUAUCAAAAGUAAUGGUUAUGCACGCAGAGAGUCAAAUGAGCGCCUACGGUUACAACUACGAGCCCGCCGCUGCGGCAUCGGGAUAUCUAGCCAACUCCCGCGGGCCUUCGACGUUCGGGAACCCGGCAGCGAGCGGGUAUGGGAUGCCGGGGUCGGCCUACGGGUCCCCGUACGGCUCUGUAACUCAAUCGGCUGCGAUUCAAGGCAUCUCUGCAUCCGUGGCAUCCGGAGUGAGUCCAGUCUCUCAUCCGUCGCACCAUCAACAUGGGAUGCAAGGAGCAGCUUCGGGAUACUCGAGUGCUCCUCCUCUAGGAUCGGGGUCUGGAGGAUUCCAUGGCUUCUCACCAGCAGCUUAUGCUCCAACUGGACACUCAUCUUACGGAGGACUGAUGAACCAAUACCAGAACUGCCAAGGAAUAGGAGAAUCUGUUCUCCAUCAAGAUACAAAUCACGUGAUGGGAAGUGACGUCAUGCUGGGAAAAGGCAAGAAAAAGAAAAUGCGAAAACCGAGAACGAUUUACUCGAGUCUCCAACUGCAGGCACUCAACAGAAGAUUCCAACAAACACAAUAUCUCGCUUUGCCUGAAAGAGCGGAAUUAGCAGCUACGUUGGGACUCACGCAGACUCAGGUUAAAAUUUGGUUCCAAAACCGUCGUUCAAAAUGCAAGAAGUUGAUGAAACAAGGGAUCCACGACAAAGAUAAUCCUCUUAUGUCGCCCGGAAGCAACAGCAGCAACAACAACAAUGCUGGCUCCCCUGGAUCGAUUACGUCACCAAUGAUGACGUCAAUGGCCCCGAACGCGCCCCCGUCCGAGCUGGGCACGCCAGGAAGCACAGCGAACAGCCAGGAAGGUAUCAUAGGCGGUAUACCCCAGCCGACUUCUUGGACCCCGCCAUCGGUUGAAGAACAAACAUCGCCAAUUCCUCAGAACUCCAUGUCCCCAAACCACAAUAUGACGUCCCCGCACCCCAGCGGCGGUGUGAACACGUCACCUUACACGAUGAUGACGUCACACCACGGCAUGACGUCACAGCACCACCAGGCGAUGAAAACGGAAAUGUCGUCACCGGUACCGACAAACGGAAGUCCGAGCAUCAUGACGUCAUAUCCGAUAAACAACGGGGCGUUGGUACACGGACCCAUUACUGACCCACCGGUUCCCGGGUACGCCGCCGGGCCACCCAUGCACCACCAAGUGAACCCGGCCAUGCAGCCCCACCAUAUGAUGUCUGCUUCGUUCUGGUACUCUGGCGCCGAGGGAGACCCAUCUCAGCAAAACUUACAGCAUAUGGAGAACCGAGGGAUUCGGGACUCGGGUUACUUAAAAUAAUGAAACGCUUCCAUGAUAUUUUACUCGUAACGACGCAGCGAUUUCUCGCUUAACGACAGAAACUCGAAGGUGAAACACCGGCCAAGGACCCGUUGAGAUUCCGAAACUGUUCCCACAGCCGCAGACCUUUAGAACGUGCCUUACACAUAUCAUUAUAUUCACAUUGAGUUUUCUGUUUUAAAAUCAAACGCUUAAUUGCUAUAACUCAGCACAUACGCCAGCACGACAAUAAUUGUCCCUAUAAGUUGUAGAUCAGAUGUUAUUCACGGCAGCACAAAGAUUUGCACAAAACACAAACUUUUGAUUUUUAUUGGCAUUGACAUUUCGUGUGUACAUAUCGUUCGCCUCGACCUGUUUGAGGCACAACCAGUAUUUAUUAGGCCAAUGCGCGUCUUCAAGAGCAAGAGAUUUACUUUUCGGGCCUGGCGCCAUAGCGGUCUGGUAUCGUUUCUUUUUGCGUCGUAAUUUGCUACGUUUUUGGGCUACUUUAUGUAUUUUCUGUGCUGGUCGAAAAACGUGCACAUUACACAAUUUGUUUACCAACACCCACGUCCACUUUUGCAUUCUAUUUCACUAUGAUUCUGCUAUUCCAUUUUAAAGCGUGCUGAACCGAUAUAUUAGUAAAUAUAAAACACAAUUGUUGUUAAACUAAAGCUACAUCAGUACGUUUAUGUACGGUCUGUAUAUCAUAUUUUCGGCAAUUGUUUUAAUAAACAUUCAGCACACUUUUA